AUGAGUGUAGAUAAUGAGGAUUUACAAAAUAUAAUACACGAUAAGAAUGAUGAAUCGAAAUCCCUAGCGGAGACGAUAACAAACAACAACAGAUCUAUGUCUGACAAACCUGACUUUCUGUCGAAACCUGUGUUGAUGACGAAAACUACAACUGAGGUUGAUAAAAAUCCAGUCCAUAGUGACAUUUCUAUACCGAUAAAUAUCAAACCUGAUAGUGAUGCUGAUAACAAGAAUGAUAUAGCCAAUAGCAUUGACAUUCAAGAUAAUAUAUCUUCACCGCUACUUGAAACUACAGAACCAUCCCAGGAUCUUCGACUUUUGCAUUCGGAACUAGCCGUAAGUUCUCCAAUUCUCGAAUCUGCCUCUGUGACACCAGUAGCAAUACAAAAAAAUGCAAGUAGCUCCAUGCUGGAAAGGAAUAAUGAUAAUACACGACAACUCUCGAGACACAAUACAAAAUCCUUGAAGUUUUCAGUGGCAAAUGAUUCACUUUUGAAAAGGACUAGUACAUAUGCAUCUAGAUCGACUGUUAGAGCAAUUCCAAUAAAUAACAAUAAUUCAAGUCACAAUAUUUUAGACUAUGAAGAUGUCAAUUCGUCUCAUAGUAGAUCAUCAUCAAUGACAGCAUCCUUUUCAAGAAACUUUUUAUUUGGAUUUUAUAACGAUAACAAAAAGUAUAAACAAAGAGAUAAAAAAAAUAUCAUUUCUAAGGAAUACUGGAUGAAAGAUGAAACUGCAAGAGAAUGCUUCAACUGCGGUAAAACAUUUAAUACGUUUAGAAGAAAACAUCAUUGCAGAAUAUGUGGACAAAUUUUCUGUAAUUCGUGUACGUCACUCAUUUCCGGAGAUAGAUUUGGCUAUGAAAGCAAAAUGAGAGUAUGUUAUAACUGUUAUGAGCAUGUUUGUAACUAUGAAGAUUCUAGUGAUGAGGAAGAAGAAGAAGAAGAAGAAGGCGGUGGAGAAGUUGAGGAUGCAAAAUCGUGUUCCACUAUUGCUAAUGACAAAAGGUCUAGUGGCACUGAUGACUUGGGGCGCAAAAUAAGAGAUACUGAGGGUACCACUAGUGCUAUAUGGCAAAAUACUCCUACGAAUCACGAAAGCAUACCUUCAGAAGAUUCAGACUCUCAGUCCAGGCCAAAAAAUGAAGUCCUUUUCUUCAAGAAUGAUGAUGUGCAAAGCAUCAUGACCUCCGGCGAGGAUUCCAAAUUAUUCGUAUCAACACCACCACCUCCUCCAAAAAUGGCAAUACCCGCUACUAAACAGGGUGAAUCACUUGAAAUUUCAUUCAGCUCCAAUAGUACACUCAAAAAAGACCUGAACCCAAGUCAUACUAACGGAAAAACUCGAGAUAGUUACACAUUAAAAGAUUUCGACAUAUAUUCUCCUUAUAGUGAACACACAGGGUCACCGCAAAGUCACAAACACUCUCAUUAUAGUGACCCAUAUCAACAAUCUAUCAAACAUCAUCAUCAUAGUAAGAAUCAGAAUCACAAGACAAGCGUAAACUCAUUAAGAAAGUCAAUAUUUCAUUAUGUUUCUAAUGGGAAGUCACAAAUUCCGCACGACAAAAAUAAUUUCCUUUCAUUAUCACCAAAUAGCCAGGCAAAUAAUAUCCUGAGCAAUUUAAAUAACAAAAAUUUCCAAUUUCAGUUUAAUUUUGGUAAAAACAAAGAUAUUACUAGUUAUACUGCCCCAGGUUCCGAAUCUUUAGAUGAUUCAUUAGAGGAUGGCACAUUUGAAGACGAAGGUACCAUGUCACUUUACUCGUCCUUACAUGACCCUUUGAAGACCGAUAAUCCUAUCAGAUCUACAAGAAAUUCAACGAAGUCUUUCCAAAGAGCUCAAGCAUCUUUGCAUAGAAUCCAGAGUCGACGUCGCAGUAAAAGCAAAUCCACUUUAGGGACAUCUAGCACGAUAUAUAGGGGUAUUAAUGCUCUUACUCACAGUUCACCAAAUUUACUUUCGGUAGUGAGUGAUGAUACUUCAUCUGGGUCAAAUACUCCAGACUUAGGCGCCUCAACAAACUCUAAUACCAAUGCACUUGUAAAUUCUAAAAGUGUUUCUUCGACAAUGAAACCAAAUCUAGGUAAAUUGAAUCAAUGGAGAAGAUUAACGAGUAUAUCUGGAACAAAGUCAUAUAAAGAGGAUAGAAAUGAGUUGAAUGAAGUAGCAAUGCUACACAUGAAUGAACUACUUCGCCAAGUUCUGGAUGAUCAAGCUGUUGAAGAAGCAGAAGAAUGGAUGGCCCUAUUCAACAACCAGUUGCUGAAAAAAGUUCAGCACAUUACUUUAAACGCGAGAGAUUCUAACACACUAGAUUAUAGACAAAAAUAUGUAAAAAUUAAGAGGAUAUGUGGUGGUACUGUGCAGCAGUCCGAAUUUAUUGAUGGAAUAGUAUUUUCCAAAGGUGUUCCUGGAAAAGAUGUACCAAGACGUGUAGAAAAUCCAAGAAUAUUACUAGUUAUGUUUCCAUUGGAAUAUCAAAAAAACGAGAAUCACUUCUUGAGUAUCGAAUCUGUUCGCGCUCAAGAACGUGAAUAUAUAGAUAAAUUGAUAUCCAGAGUUACGUCCAUAAACCCCGAUAUUAUAUAUGUGGGCGCAAACGUAAGUGGAUACGCUCUACAGCUAUUAAACAAAGCAGGCAUUGUCGUUCAAUUUAACCUCAAACCCCAGGUAAUUGAAAGAAUUGCAAGAUUAACGGAAGCUGAUAUUGCAAUAACCGUCGAUAAAUUAGCAUCAAACGUGAAAAUGGGUGAGUGUGAACUUUUCGAAGUCAAAACAUUCAUCUAUGGAAAUAUUAGUAAAACAUACACUUUUUUGCGUGGCUGCAAUUCGACCCUAGGAUGCACUAUUUUAUUAAGAGGAGGAUCUCCUGAAACUUUAAAAAAGAUAAAACAUCUUGCAGAAUUUAUGGUGUAUGUCGUUUUUUCCCUGAAAUUAGAAAGCUCUUUCUUCAAUGAUAACUUUAUUAAACUUUCUCCUGAAUUUUACAUGGAGUCAAAGGAAAGAAAGGAAAAUCAAGAAUUUUCAGGCUAUUUUUCAGAUUUUCUACAGAAAUUUAACAAAAGGAUUUUGACGACUUCUGCUACAGUAGAAUUUCCAAUUCCAUUCUUAUUGAAGAAAGCACGAGAACUAGAGGGCGUUAUCUGGCACAAAAAGCAACAAAAUGAAAUCUCGAAUAAUUCGGAUAUCGCGUUGGAUACACCAGAAAUCCAACAACUGGGGAUAGAUUCAACAUUAACCUUCAGAGAUAUUAAAUAUAUAGCUAAAUUCGUUCGGCAGAAGGAGCUAGAAGAUUUAGAACUCCAAUUUAACAGGAGAGGCAGACAAUGGGAGUUGUAUUAUUCGUCAUCGCAUAACAUGUUGGGUACAGGAUCACAUCAAUCGAUCACUGUUCUCUACUCCAUGGUGUCAACACAGACUGCUACGCCCUGUAUUGGACCCCAAUUAGUAACUAUUGACUACUUUUGGGAUAGUGACAUCUCCAUUGGGCAGUUUAUUGAGAAUAUCAUAAAUACAGCAAGAUACCCAUGCCAGCAAGGGUGUGGUGGGCUUUUACAUGACCACUAUAGAAGUUACGUCCAUGGUUCAGGAAAAGUGGAUGUACUAAUUGAAAAAUUGCAGACAAAACUACCAAAACUAAAGAAUAUCAUCCUCACUUGGAGUUACUGUAAAAAAUGUGGUACAUCUACUCCAAUUCUGCAAAUAAGUGAAAGAACGUGGAACUAUUCCUUUGGUAAAUAUCUAGAAGUCAUGUUCUGGAGUAAAGAAGGUGGCGUUUCCAAUAUUGGAAACUGUAUCCAUGACUUUACAAAAGACCAUGUGAAAUAUUUUGGCUACAAUGAAUUAGUAGUGAGGAUGGAAUAUUCUCACCUCGAUGUAUAUGAUCUGAUUACCCCAUUGCCUAAAAUAAAAUGGAAACCUGAUCUUGAUAUAAAAAUGAAAGUGGAACUAUAUUAUCAGAUUUUGGAUAAAAUUAACAGUUUUUAUGAUAGUGUCACGUCAAGAUUAAACCGAAUGAAACUUGAUGGUAUGGCAGAUGAUAGACUUGUCGCUGGCCAAUUGAAGGUGGAAGAGUUGAAACAAAAAGUGAGCGAAGAAAGAAAAUUGCUACUCGACGAUCUAGAUGCCAGAUACUAUGGCUACGGCGGAGAUAAGCAUUUACAGUUAAACAAUUUGAUAAGAAACUUAUACAACUUUGCAAUCAAUUGGGAUAAUGAGUUUAACCAAUUUGGGAAAAAUUUUUUGUUAUCAGAAAAUGACAUAUCAAGAAUUACUACGAACCAACUUCGAAAGUUCUUCAAAGAUCCAUCGAAGGAUGAAAAUCUGGAAGAGAAGUACAUUUCAGGAGAUGACAAAACUACCACAAGGAUUAAGACUGAAGCAAGUUGUAGUGGGGAUGCAUCUAAAAGCGUGCCUUUAUCUGAUAUUGAAUCAAGUCGAGCCUCAAAAGAGCAACCUAAAGGGGGAAUGAAAAAUUCAGUAAUUCCUAAUAGAAAUGAGGAAACGAGUAUUAAACCACCUAAAGAUAAUUUACCCAACAACAUUAUAUCAAAUAUUAGACCUGAAGCUACAAAAGCUAUUUCAAGCCAUAGUCUCGAUAGAGUUUCGCUCCAAAAGGAUCUCGAUAGAUUUAGCAUGAAAAGUUCUGCCAGUUCACCCUCGAUAAAAGAGCGUAAUAGAAAAAACAAAGUUUCUGAACUGGCAUUAUUUUUUGAUCAAAUUCACUUUGACGCCCUCUCUAAAGAAUUUGAGUUAGAAAGAGAAUUAGAGCGUUUACAACUGAAUAAAAAUAAAUACCAAGCAUUCAAAUCCCAGACAGCUACUCCUAUUGUAGAAAUAUACAAAAAUGUCAAAGAUGCCGUAGAUGAACCGCUACAUGAAGUACAGGAGAACGGAGAAAGUAAAGGGGAAAGUACCAUCGACAUAACCUCUCCCACAGGAGAGCAAUCCACAAACUUAAGUCUAAAUAGAAAUCUAGAGAACGAACUCGAGAAUUCUAUAACACAAUGGGGUAAAGAUUAUUUCCAAAGAACGAGAGAGCACUCAUCGGAUGAGAAAGACUCCACCAUCACGUCAGCUAAACAAGAGGGUAUACCAAGUGAGCCAUUGCCUCCUGUAAUUACCGUGGAAAACGUGAACAAAGAAUCAAGUGAACCUCCUGAAAAGUCAUUAUUGAUGAAAACUUUAGCCAAUUUUUGGGCCGACAGAUCCCCAUACUUGUGGAAACCGCUUGCAUAUCCCACCACAUCAACAGAACAUGUUUUUUCUGGCAAUGAAGUUAUUAUUAGGGAUGAUGAACCUAGUUCGUUGAUAGCGUUUUGUUUAAAUUCUUCAGAUUACAAAAGUAGAAUGUUUAAGAUUGAGGCGAAAACGCAGGUACAGCCAGAUAUUACCGAAAAUGGGCAACAGUCGCCUCUAUUAGAACAACAUUCUCUCGAAAACGCAGUUCAGCCGUUAGAACAGUCCAAUAAUGAAUUGCUAAAGGAUAAUGCAAAUAUUUUAUCCUCGAAGGAGAGCCUAUCACAUGCUCAUGAAUCCAGUAAAAAUGAUCCGGAGAUGCUUGAGAAUAUUAUGACCAAGAAAACGGCAUUACAUUUAAGAUAUCAAUUUGAAGAUAGGCUGACGGUCAUGUCCUGUAAAGUGUUUUUUUCGGAGCACUUUGAAGCUUUCAGAAGAAUAUGUGGAUGCGAUGAGAGCUUCAUUCAAAGUUUAUCGAGAUGUGUUAAAUGGGAUUCCAGCGGGGGAAAGAGUGGAAGUGGAUUUUUGAAGACAUUAGAUGAUAGAUUUGUAAUUAAGGAGCUUUCACAUUCGGAACUUGACGCUUUCAUCAAAUUUGCCCCAAGCUAUUUUGAGUAUAUGGCCCAAGCAAUGUUUCAUGACUUACCUACCGCACUUGCAAAGGUAUUUGGAUUUUAUCAAAUUCAAGUGAGAGGCCCUAUUACAGGCUCUAAAAGCUACAAGAUGGAUGUUAUCAUUAUGGAAAAUCUUUUUUAUAACAGAAAAACAACCAGAAUAUUUGAUUUGAAAGGUUCUAUGCGCAAUAGACAUGUUGAGCAAACUGGUAAAGCUAAUGAAGUGUUGCUUGAUGAAAACAUGGUUGAAUAUAUUUAUGAGUCUCCCAUACACGUCAAAGAAUACGAUAAGAAGCUUCUUAGGGCCUCUUUAUGGAAUGAUACACUUUUCCUAGCUAAAAUGAAUGUUAUGGAUUAUUCUUUAGUUAUUGGUAUUGACAAUGAAGAUUAUAAGCUUACUGUGGGAAUUAUUGAUUUUAUUAGAACUUUUACUUGGGAUAAAAAAUUGGAAAGCUGGGUGAAAGAGAAAGGUCUUGUUGGAGGAGGAAGAAAUAUUGUUAAACAGCCAACAGUUGUAACACCAAGGCAAUACAAAAAUAGAUUCAGAGAGGCAAUGGAAAGAUAUAUUUUGAUGGUUCCUGAUCCUUGGUACCAGGAAAGUAACUGA